UUAUCUGUUAUCUCUCAUGAAAUUAUAAAAGCUUUUUUAUUUUUUUUAACAUUCGAGUUUUUUUAGUCGUUUGAUCAAACUCUUAUUGUGAAAUAUUAUGGCCAAAGGAGAUGAGCCAGAGUCGAGUAAAAAAGCUAAUAAUUCUGAAAUUAUCUUAACUGAUAAGUCUUCCGGCACUACUUGGUCUUUACCUUCUCCAGUAAAAGCUGGGGGUAAAAUUCCGUCACAACCAACAGCUGUGAUAGUUCUACCAAGAAGUUCAAAUACUCAAUCUCUUACGGUUUUAGAUAAUCGUACCAAUAAGCUUUACGAAAUUCCAAUCGAGAACAAUACUGUAUCUGCACUUAAGUUUAAAGAAAUUACUGCAGAUCCUGUUCCUGGAUCUCGUGAAGAGGAUGAGAGCGGUAAAGGAUUGAGAGUAUAUGAUCCAGCAUUUCAAAAUACUGCGGUUGCGCAAUCGAAAAUCACUUACAUCAAUGGCGAUACUGGCGUUCUAAGAUAUCGAGGUUAUCCCAUUGAACAACUUGCUGAGAAAUCUACAUACAUUGAAGUUGCUUAUCUUUUGAUUUACGGUGAACUUCCAUCAAAACAACAGUAUCAUAACUUUUUUAAUGAGGUUAUGCAUCAUACAUUUGUACAUUUUAAUGUUGCUGAAUUAAUGCGUAACUUCAAUUAUGAUGCACACCCAAUGGGAUUAUUUAUUAGUGGUGUUGCUGCUAUGAGUACUUUUCAUCCUGAUGCUAAUCCGGCCUUAGCUGGAUCUGAUUUGUUUAUCCGUGAUGAAAAAGUUCGAAAUAAACAAAUUUUCAGAUUAUUAGGAAAAACACCAACCUUGGCAGCUAUGGCAUAUCGUCAUCGUAUUGGACGUGUGUACAAUGUUCCACAGAAUAAUCUUUCUUAUACAGAGAAUUUCUUGUAUAUGCUUGAUCGAUUGUCCGAAGAAAAUUAUAAACCAAAUCCAAAAUUAGCCAAAGCUCUUGAUGUUUUAUUUAUUCUUCAUGCUGAUCACGAGUUGAAUUGUUCAACAGCAGCAAUGCGUCAUAUAGGUUCUUCUUUGGUUGAUCCAUACAGUGCAGUUGCUGGUGCUUCAGCUGCUUUAUAUGGUCCACUUCACGGAGGAGCUAACGAAGCAGUGUUGAGAAUGUUGGAAGAAAUUGGAUCAGCUGAUAAAGUUCCUGGAUUUUUAGAAGAAGUAAAACAAAGGAAAAGAAAACUAUUUGGUUUUGGCCAUAGAGUAUACAAGAAUUAUGAUCCUCGUGCAAAGAUUAUUAGAAAUAUUGCUUAUGAGGUGUUUGAUGUUUGUGGACGUGAAUCACUUAUAGACGUUGCAGUUGUAUUGGAGAAAGCUGCACUAGAAGAUGAAUAUUUUGUAAAAAGAAAACUAUAUCCAAACGUAGACUUUUAUUCUGGAUUAAUUUAUAAAGCAAUGGGAUUCCCAACAGAUAUGUUCCCAGUUUUAUUUGCAAUUCCACGUAUUGCAGGGUGGUUAGCUCAUUGGAAAGAAUCAUUAGAAAGUAAGGAUGCAAAAAUUUGGCGUCCAAGACAAGUUUAUGUUGGACCAAAUGUUAGAUCUUAUAUUCCAUUAGAACUUCGUGAAGAAGAAACAAAUUAUGAUGUCACUAACUUUACAGAUCCAUUUACUAAAACGUUUAGUAAAAGAAGUUUAGUGGCUGAUUUUGAUAACAAAAAAACAGUAUCAAAAUUAUAAGUUAUAAUUUAAAAUGUUUUGUUAAGUUGGUAUUAUUUUAUGGUUUGUAUAGAUAAAACGAUAGUAAUUUAUUAUUAUGUAGUUAUAUAUAUUAUUUUUUUUUAUUAUAAAUAAAAAA